AUGAAUGGGCCGGUGGAUGGCAAGUACGACCUCUCUAACCAUGACGGGUCCUUCAUGUUCACCUCUGAGUCUGUGGGAGAGGGACACCCUGACAAGAUAUGUGACCAGAUCAGUGAUGCUGUGCUGGAUGCCCACCUGAAGCAAGACCCUGAUGCUAAGGUGGCUUGUGAGACGGUGUGUAAGACAGGCAUGGUGCUGCUCUGUGGCGAGAUCACAUCACGGGCCCAUGUGGACUACCAGAAGGUGGUGAGGGACACCAUUCGACAUAUUGGCUAUGACACCUCAGACAAAGGGUUUGAUUAUAAGACUUGUAAUGUGCUGGUGGCCCUGGAGGAGCAGUCUCCUGACAUUGCACAGGGAGUUCAUAUUGACCGAAUGGAAAGUGACAUUGGAGCUGGAGACCAGGGUCUGAUGUUUGGAUAUGCCACAGAUGAGACAGAGGAGUGCAUGCCCCUCACCAUUGUCCUCGCCCACAAACUCAAUGCUAAGAUGGCUGAGCUGAGACGGAACGGGACAGUCCCCUGGCUGCGCCCUGACUCCAAGACACAGGUAACAGUUCAUUACACCCAGGAGAACGGAGCCGUGAUUCCCAAGCGGGUGCACACCGUGGUCAUCUCGGUGCAGCACGAUGACUUUGUGAGCCUGGAGGAGCAGAAGCAGAUCUUGAGGGAGAAGGUCAUCAAGGCUGUGGUUCCAUCCAAGUACCUGGAUGAGAACACCAUCUACCACCUGCAGCCCAGCGGGCGCUUUGUGAUUGGUGGACCCCAGGGCGAUGCUGGUGUGACUGGCAGGAAGAUCAUUGUUGACACAUAUGGUGGGUGGGGUGCUCACGGUGGCGGGGCCUUCUCUGGGAAGGACUACACCAAGGUGGACCGCUCAGCUGCCUACGCCGCCCGCUGGGUGGCCAAGUCGCUGGUCAAAGCCAAACUGUGCAGGAGGGUGCUGGUGCAGGUGGCGUAUGCCAUUGGAGUGGCCCAUCCGCUCUCCAUCUCCCUCUUCACUUACGGCUCAUCUCAGAAGAAUGAGAAGGAGCUGCUACAGAUUGUCAACAAGAACUUUGAUCUCAGACCUGGGGUCAUUGUCAGAGACUUGGACCUGAAGAGGCCAAUCUACCAGAAGACAGCCUGCUACGGUCACUUCGGCAGGAAGGAGUUCCCCUGGGAGGUUCCCAAGAACCUCAACUUUUAGUGUAUGUGUGUGUAUCCGUUAUGUGUGUGUGUGUGUGUGGCAGCAUGUGUAUUUGUGAAUGUGAUGAGAAUCUGACUGGCUAUAGCUACACGUGUGGCUAUUUUGGUGUAUGUGUAUGUUAGUGUGUGGGUGCGUGUGUGCGUGCAUGUGUGUGAGCGUCUGAUAGCUGUCCUAAGAUGAGGGCAGCUGUCACGGGACGUAGGCAGGGUGAGAUGGGCACAGGGGUGAGGUGCGUGACUUAAUAAUCCCCUCAGAGCUACGAGUGAGCUGUUUAAUAUUUUAUCACAUGGAAACAGUUUGUAAACCUGUGUGUGGUUUAACACACUCACACACACACACACAUUUUACUCUUCAGUGCAGCUUUUCCAAGUGGUUUGAAAAGUGUCUGUCAUUACAAUACACUGUCUUACCUAUAUUUUUAUCUCAAUCUGAAAAACUGACAUGAAAAAGCUCUAGUUCUCAUGUUUAUCUCAAAGAGUUGCAUUUGUACUGAAACAUCUUUAAUUUGCUGACGCUUGUAGACACUGUGGUUGGUUUGACACAGAAUGGCUGCACGAGGGAGAUGUGUAAUGUUCAUAGGAGGAUGUAUCUGCCCCGACCCAGUUUCAACUGUGUUCUAGCUCUGCGACUUCAUGAACCUUUGUGUCAUCCCUCUUUUUUUCUAGAAGCUGACCAUCAGACUCUCUGUCAGUAGAGCUGGAGAAUGAUGUAAAUAUGAUUUUUGACAAAUAAAACAUUUCAACAAGAAG